AUGAAGAGACAAGCGGGUAUCAGGAACGUUUCAGCCGCAAAUCAGCUCCGCUCCGGGAUACAGUCAACUUAUUCGUGCCCACCCUCUUCUCUCGUAUUACUCCGACCACAUUCCGUUACCCUGAAGCAAACGUCCGAAUUUCAAGGUGACCUCCUUUGUGUUAAAACCGCAGUGAUAUUUCUGUUGCCUAGGAACCCGGGACGUGCAGGGACGGGCCCGCUGCCCGACGCUGUAAACUCCCCUGACCCGAAGCGAGGCACGCGUGAGCAGGUUUACGGGUCCGCUUGCCGUCAGCCCGCCCGGCUGAACCCACCUUGUACACGUCCGGGAAGAUUGGGGGCAACGCUCGACGAUCGCUCGGCAGCUGCACGCAUGGCCUCCCGCAGGCGCCUCCUCCUCCUCCCGUUCUACCUCAGCACACCUGCGUACCUGUUCUCCCCAUCUCCCCACCCUCACCUGCAGAUUCCAGCUAAUCGAUUCCCGGAGAUGCACACCCCUCUGCUCGUGGCUGCCGCGUCAGAUAUCCGGAGUCGCCGUCUGCAUCCCGAUCAGCGAGCUGGCCCUACGCGAGCUGGUCCGGGCCCUCCCAAACGGCACCGACCGGUUCCACGGAAAAAAACAAUUAGAACUGAUCUACGGCGGCCGGCCUUACAUAUUCCUGGCCGGGCGUGUUUCGGAAUGCCGAGAUUUUACGGCUGGAACGCAGCGGCGCUGCAUGCGAAAAGCACAACCACGGUUUCAGCACUACACGGGACAAACCUCCGCAGCUCUUAA